CAUGACUAUUGCUCGAACCAACCAUCUCAGCCGUUUUCCCAACGAACCAAGACUUCUCUUUUAUCAGCCACUCUACUUCCUUCAUCUACCCAAAAAUUCGAAAUAGGUUUCAGAAAUGGGAAUUGGGUUUCUCGCAGAAGCAGGUUUUGUGCAAAAUCUGCUGAUUCAGAGACAACAGACACCACCGAAAUUCCCACUCAGUUUUCUCGGGAAAGUGUUGCUGUUUCCACUGACGAUGGCAACCCAUCAACCAGUUUACUGUCGUUUCUCUGUCCAUUGCUCAAGCUCUUCACUGGAGGAGAUCCCUCCGGAGAACGAAACUAUACUUUGGAGGAGGUAACAUCAUCCCUGUCUUCCUUGGCAAGAAUUCCAUGGGGAUCAAAAUCAGUGUCAAAUAGUGUGGUUAGAGAGGAGAUUACCACCGUAGACCCUCCUAUGCGCUUACAGCUUUUCGAAUUUGAAGCGUGCCCUUUUUGCAGGAGGGUUCGGGAGGCCAUAACGGAGCUAGAUCUUUCUGUAGAGGUCUAUCCUUGUCCAAAAGGUUCUGUAAGGCACAGAGAAAUGGUUAGGAGACUUGGUGGCAAAGAGCAGUUUCCGUUUCUAGUUGACCCAAACACUGGUGUUUCAAUGUAUGAAAGUGGUGACAUCGUUAAGUACCUCUUUCAGCAGUAUGGUCAAGGAAGAAAACCCUCUGUGGGGCUUUUGGAAAGCACAUUGUUGACAGGAUGGGUGCCAACAAUUUUGCGAGCAGGUAGAGGAAUGACAUUAUGGGCAAAGGGCAGACUAGACCCACCACCCAAAAAGUUGGAACUUUUCUCAUAUGAAAACAAUCCGUAUGCAAGAAUUGUGCGUGAAGCGCUUUGUGAAUUAGAGCUUCCUUACAUCCUUCAAACCGUUGGUGAAGGGUCGUUUCGAUCGAAGUUUCUAGUUGAUGCAGCCGGAUCAGAAGAGGUGCCCUUAUUGAUUGACCCCAACACUGGUACUCAAGUCCGUGACUAUAAGAAGAUCCUCUCCUACUUGUUUAAGACAUACUCCGCUCAGCCGACGGUGUAAUCACUUGGAAACAAACACAAAUGGUGGUUUUGACCAUUUUAGGCUCAGGCUGCAAUCUCCACUUAAUGCAGUGUGAAAUAUAAAGCCUUGUACAAAUGUAAGCAUCCAUCCUAUUUUAACAUUUCUUCACCUUUUCUCUUCUUUUGCUGAAGCAGGCAUUUUAGUUUUAAUGGAUCUAAGUAAAUCUUUUAGUUAAAUAAACUGGAGCUAAAUCAGUACUUUUUUACCACGUGAAAAAUUGGUAGCUGACGGAUAAGUGAUGUAUAAUAUGACCCCUUCUAAGUAGGAUAAAUAGAUUAGACAUCUUCCAAGGAAAAAGAAAAAAGAAAAAAGUUUGGGAUACAAAUGAACUGAUGGUAUCCUAUAAAACAAGUUGGAAUGAUUCCAAUAAGGCUAUUUUGC